GCUUUCCGAGACAAGCAGGAGGAGAUGAAUUACGAAUUUGGGCGAGAAAGUGGUUUUAUCAACAGCCAGCCGUCGCUCGCUGAGUGCCUGACAUCUUUCACUAACCCUGUCGGUGAUGCAUUUCAAAGUUCAUCAAUCAAGAGCUCAGCGCUUUCACAGUCGACACUGAUUCCUCCUCCUUUUGAGCAGACCAUCCCCGGCCUGAACCCGAGCGUCCACCCACGCCACAGCCGCUCCAAGCAGGCUCAGAAGGGCUUCAGCCCGCUACAGGCUGUGUCCCUACCCCCGGAGUACCCGUGGAUGAAGGAGAAAAAAAGCAUCAAGAGGAACCAGGCUGCUUCUGCUUCUUCAUCUUCUUCUGCUCCUGCUGCUGCUCCUGCUGCGACGACGGAUGACUCCUCGCCACUCUACUUCUCCCCCCAAGAGAGUGGUGCUGGCGAUGGAGGGCCAUCAAGGAGGCUGAGGACUGCGUACACCAACACCCAACUUCUGGAGCUGGAGAAGGAGUUUCAUUUUAACAAAUACCUGUGCAGACCGAGGCGAGUGGAAAUAGCUGCUUUGCUGGAUUUAACGGAGAAGCAGGUGAAAGUGUGGUUUCAGAACAGGCGGAUGAAGCACAAGAGGCAGACUCACAGCAAGGAAAACAGGGACAGCGAGGGGAAAUACGCCUGCCUGGACGACGGGCCGGAGGACGAGUUGGAGCAGGCUACAGAGGGCAGCGCCGCCGGGACGCUCUUUGAGAGGGAGAGGUAUUUCCACCAGAAUACGUUGACUUCACAAGACUGUCAGAACGCACACAAUGGAGAGAGCCAAAGCCCAACUGUUACCCCUCUGACCAGCAAUGAGAAAAAUCUGAAACAUUUUCCAAACCCGUCAGCCAUUGUGCCCAUCUGCGUGUCCACAAUAGGCCCGAACAAUGACGAUUCCCCGGACCUGGACGCCUCAUUUCGGGAUUUCCAAGUUUUCUCAUCCUCGCCCUCUUUCUCACCGAGUUUGUCCGAAUCAGCUCAAAGUCCCCUGCCUUUACCCUGCGAGACUUUCGACCUCUUCUCAGAAACACUCACAACAAUCGACCUGCAAAACCUGAGUUAUUGA